AUGAUUGGCGAAAAGGUCAUUUGGGACAACGACGUCAACGGCGCCCGCCUCGUCAACAUGUCCAACGCCUGGGACGACCGCGUGCGCGCCAACGCCGACCCUUCGGUUCUCCGCUCCUGGUCGGGGAAAACCAUCCUCUACACCGGUACCGCCGACGGCUUCGUCUCCACCGCCGGUACGCGCCGCGCGUUCGAUGCGGCGGGCGGAACUGCCAACGCGAACUUGCGAUUCUUCGAGCUGCCCGGCAUGCCCCACUGUGUGGAUCUCGGCACCGGCGCCCCCGGCGUUCCGUGGUACAUUGGCGGCGUCGGCAACACGUUAAAACCCCCGACGCAUUGGUACAUGCCCCGCUCUCGCUGGUACAUGCCCAAUUCCACGGGCGUCGACGGGCCCCACCACGAUGCGCUGCACGCACUUGUCGAGUGGGUCGAAGGCGGCGCGAGUGCCGAACCGCCGACGGAGCUAAUUUCCACCGCAUUCCUGGACUGGCCGUCGCUUGGCAAAACGAGACAGAGGCCCGUGUGCGCGGCGCCGCUGAAGCAAACGUGGGAUGGCGUCGGUGAUGAAAAUGAGCUGUCGAGUUGGUCGUGUCAGUAG